UAAUUCCUUAAAAGGACGAUGGUCAUCACAAACUCUCCUUGAAACCAACACAUGGACUCCAAGAAAAGCCUAUGGACAAACCCUCCAAAUACAACUCAAGGAAACCAUUAGUCCAUAGAGAUUGUCAUCAAUUACCAAAACCAAACAUGGGGGCACCGCAUGUUCUUUCAACAGUUCACGUAACCGGGUUGUUUUGGUAAUGUCCAGUCCAGAUAUAGAUCACUGGAAUGGAGUCGAGGAUAUCGGCCUCAUGCUGAAAGAAAUAAGUGCUCUCAAAAGAUUGUGAGUACAAAGACAGGACUCAUGAAAUAUACAGCGAAAUCCACAAUUGUCGCUGACUUUCACACUUGGAGUUUUUGUGUGGAAAAACUCUAAGGAAUGAAUCUAUUAUCAUUAAUAUGAUGUAAGAUAAUGUACAACAUGAUAUGAGGCUGAGGGACAGGUUAAAGAAACAUGUACCAGGAAUUGAUAGUGGUUGACAACAGCGAUAACCAUUUUAAGUUUUUCGCUCCUAUGACAACGAGUCAAGUGUUGAUGCUAAACACACUGACACAGAGUUAUGCGUUGUAAAGGAGAAAGUCCGGAAUUAUGUAGAAAUGCUUGAAGCAUAAAAGCAACAGACAAGUGUUUUGCAGAUCUGCUUAUUAAAGGCUUACCGCCCAGUGUGUUAGGAGAACACACAGUCGACAUGGGUUUUAUGGUAUAGUCUAAGAUUUCCGGACAAUAAAAGGGCCCAAGGUUAAAGAAACUGUUUCAAAACAGAGGUGUGUGUUGUAGGUGUUGAUUCUAUCGGGAUAGACCGUGAUGAUGAGACAUGCUCUACAUGCAAAUCUGUGAUGGAACGAGUACUUUGAAAAGAGUUAUUUCAAAGUAUAAAGUUAAAAGUAUAUGAUGAGAUCAAGGGGGAGAAUGUUAGAUUGAUCUCUCCACCAAUGGGCCCAACGGCUCAUUGGGCCCUUGACCCACGCCCUGAUCGGGGGCGUCCAGCCCAAGCAAGGCUGGUGGGCCCCUGUCGCGCAGUGCUAUAAAGAGGAGGUGGGGACCAGGGGCACAGGGUACGAGGUUCGUCGCCGCCACUGUUCCCCACUUCUAACCCUAAUCCGAUCCAGAGGGAGGCACUGAAGCGACGGGAAGCGCCACCAGCCACUCCACCGCCGCCACUCAUGCACUCACCACUCUCUGUCAUCACCGGCUAUCAUCACCAUGGCCGGCACCGGGAGUUACUCGAUAUGAAGGAAGUGAAGGCGACAGUGCCAACUGGAACUUCAGCCUCUCCAGAUGUGAAACAUCCUAAAAUGGUGCUAUCUCCGCUUACCCGCAGUCGCAGUAAGGCUAUGGCUCUAUCUGUUUCCACACCUGAACAUCUCAAACUGAGAAACGCCAGAUCAGGUCAACUAGUAGUUCCACGGUUGGAUUCAGGAAGCCAAAAAAUUAUCUAUGACGUGGCAAAAGUACCUAUCACCCCAUUGGUGGAGCAAAGUUCUGCAGGUAAAGCGUUGCCGAGUACACCAUCACAAAUGAUCAAAACUCCAAUUCCAUAUGGACGAUCUCCACUUACUCAUAAUAAGGAUAAGGUGUUAUCUGUUGCCACGCCCGAAACUCCCAAACUGAGAAGCUCUAGAUCAGGUCGACUGAUAGUUCCACGUUUGGAUCCAGGAACACAAAGUAUUAUCUAUGACUCGGAUGGUUCUAUCUGCGGCGUAACCAACUCAGAGCUGCAAUGGCCUCAAGGGUGCAAUUCGGAACCACCUGCUAAGAGGAGGUCUCGGUGUUCAUCCCCCGACCAUGGCAGGUUGCUGCUAUUCUGAUAGGAGAUGUCCUUGAGAAAAGGUUCAAGGGUUUGUGGUAAACUAUGGAGAUUAUUUUACCCUUCCACAAGAUCCAUGAAGCAAAACGUCUGACUUAACACGUGACUGGUUCAGAUGGAGGGACUCGCCAUCAAAGUUCUCGGGUUGAGUAUUCCCCUGUCGCAAUUAUUUGUUGAAUGGAAGAAUGUGGGAAGUAACUUUGAAGAACUUGAAUGGAAGUAAUCUUGGAAGAAUGUGGGAAGUAACUUUGAGGAACUUGAAUGGAAGUAAUCUUUCAUGUUGUGUUUGGAUUUUUACUAUUACUAUAGUAACUACUCCCUCUGUUCACUAUUAUAAGUUUUUUUUAUUCGGGUGUAUAUAGACGCAUUUUAGUAUGUUUGUUCACUCAUUUCAGUUUGUAUGUAGUCCAAAUAUGCAAAACAUCUUAUAUUUAUGAACGGAGGGAGUCAAUGAUAUCCCGCACCUUGCCGUAGGACUUGAUAGCAA